UCCCUUCCUGGCAGCCCAGAUGGGAGUGUCAUGCUGACUUUUAACGGGCCACUAGGCAGGGACAUGAGGGGUAGGUGGGGCAGGAAACGGGCGAUUUAUUGCGGGAUUCUUUCUCAGGGCUCACAUUUGCUCUCUUGGGUGUGGCUGCACCUGGCUAGGCUGGUUCUUGUCCUAUUCCUCUUUGCAGGCUGGGGGCGGGCCUGGGGGCCGUCUCUGUGUGGUGGAUAAAGGGCACUGGAUCUGCGAAGAAGAAGAGACCGGGAAAGGCAGAGCGGAGGAGCGGAGGAUCCUGGAGCAUCUAGUUUCUCAGGGGAGGAAGACGGCGAAAGGCGGAAAGGAGGGAGAGAUCCGGGGGUCUCUGAUACUCUGCGAGGGAAGAGGGAAGGUGAAAGGCAGAAGGAAAAGAGUGACCGUUGUGGGUUUGCUCAGCCGAGCAGAGGAAGGACGUGACGGGCAGAGGGGAGAAGAGCAAACAUCCUGAAUUUGCCCAGCGGACCCCAGGGCCUGAGGCAGCAGGGGGGGAAAGGAGAGCGGGAAAGGCGGCUCAGAGGGGAGAACGCCCCAAGUCGUCUCAGGAAAUACAGCAAGCAGGUGCCGGAGGAGCGGGAGAACGGCCCGGAGGAGGAGAGGGGAGGCCUGGAAAUUAGAGGGCUCGGAGACACGCCCCGAGGGAGCGGCAGACCGGGAAAGGCGCCCAGGAGGAGUGCGGCACCAUGAGCUACCCAGGCUAUGAUAAAGGCCCCCAGCCCUCCGCCCCUGCUCAGCCCCCCCCAUACUCCAACAUGCCACCUUAUGGGGCCCCUCCCCCGCUACUGCCCUCCGGCGGGCAAUUCCCCACCGCAAGCUACGGGGCAGCCCCCGGAAUGCCCCCCAACCCACAGGGCUAUUACCCCCCGUACAACGAGGACCCCAACCGGGGCCAGAUGGGCUAUGCCCCACAGCAGGUCAUCCUGGUCUCCCCGCCUCCUGCCAAUGAGGCUGACUACCUGGGCUACUCCAUCUUCACCCUUCUCUGCUGCUGCCUGCCCCUGGGCAUCGUGGCGCUGGUGUAUUCCAUCCAGACUCGGGAUGCCAACCGCUCUGGCAACACUGCCCAGGCGCAGCGGAGUUCCCGGAUGGCCCGGAUUUUCAACAACACGGCCCUGGGGGUGGGGAUUGUGGUGCUGAUCGUGUGGGUCGCCAUCGUGAUUGCCAUCAGCCUCUCAGCCUCUAGACACCACUGAUCCUUCCGCCCUGCCCCCACUCCCCAACCCCCAGCUCUGAGCCGGUUUUCAACACCUCCCUGCAUCCACACACACAGACCCGCAUGCACCACAACACAACCAUCUCCUCAGCCCACCCACACAC